UGUCGUCUGUGUUGUUCUGCACUUCCUGCUUCCUCCAUGACUGUUUUGAGGCAGCAGUCCCGUCCGAAAGCUGAUCGGUUGCAAUCGUUAAACGUGGCAAUGGUGUGAAGGUGCGGUGGCGGUGCGCGUGAUUCUGAGUGAAUUCUGAGCUGUGAUCACUGUCAGCCAUGCAGUUCUCUCCCACCAACGGAGAUUUUACCUUCGUCUCAUCGACAGACGCUGAAGAGCUCAGCGGAACCAUAGAUGCUCCCGAUGUCACAUUGAAUAUGGGCCCUGAAACCACCAGGGAUACCUAUGCCACCACGUUCCUGAGGCAGAGGGGUUAUGGUUGGUUGCUUGAGGUGGAAGAAGACGAUUCAGUGGACACUAAACCACUCCUGGAGGAGUUGGACAUUGAUUUGAAGGAUAUCUACUACAAGAUUAGGUGUGUGUUGAUGCCCAUGCCCUCACUGGGAUUUAACAGACAGGUGGUGAGGGACAACCCUGACUUCUGGGGCCCGUUGGCUGUUGUCCUGCUCUUUUCUAUGAUCUCCAUAUAUGGACAGUUCAGGGUUGUUUCCUGGAUUAUUACAAUUUGGAUAUUUGGAUCUCUGACGAUUUUCCUCCUAGCAAGAGUGCUGGGUGGAGAGGUGUCUUAUGGACAAGUCCUUGGAGUGAUUGGAUAUUCAUUGCUGCCACUCAUUGUAAUAGCUCCACUUCUUCUGGUUAUUGGGGGAUUUGAAGUUGUCUCUACACUCAUUAAGCUUUUUGGUGUAUUCUGGGCAGCAUACAGUGCUGCCUCCUUACUUGUGGGUGAUGAAUUCAAAACAAAGAAACCCCUCCUCAUAUAUCCCAUCUUCCUUUUGUACAUCUACUUCCUGUCCCUGUAUACUGGAGUCUGAUUUGACCACAGGCAUUGAUUGUCUUAUUGCUUGGACAUUGACAAAGAGAACUAUGGAGAGGUACACAGCAGAGCAAUUCCAUGAAGACCAAGAAGGAGUCUGUAGUUUCUUUUUUCUUUUACUGUGUUUAUAAUCCUAUAUGCUUUUGGGAAUGAGGUGUACAGACAUUAGUAUAUUUAACUGCUUCUAUUAAUGUUGUACACACACACACACACAAAAAAAGCUACAUCUUGUGCCACCGAAAUCUGGAGACCCCAGGAAAAUAAAAAAUGACGAAAGCAAGGCAAUUUUUCAACUUUAACAUUUUUAAAGACUCUGGUAAGCAUGACAGUCAUGUAACAGACAUUUUCUUUGUUGUCACCAAAUCUAGUGGUGCAAACAUUUAUGAUUUAACCAGCUGGAGGUAGACAGUUUUUUAAAAGGCUGACCCAGUACUUUUUAUUUUAUUUUAUUUUUUUUAAUUUAUGAAUUCCAUAUGGAAAGCGAGUAUGUAGGCAGUACAGUUUGCAUUAAAAAUGCCUGCCAGGUAUGGGUGCCUUGAAUUCGUUGUUUUAUAUGACUGGUGUAUUUUAUUUAUGUACAUGUAGCCAAAAAGGAAACAAGUUUUUAUAUGUAGGACAUGCAAUUCAGAACUUUUACCUGGUGAUGUGUACUGCAGAAAUGUUACUCUGUUAGUUUAGCUCAAGUAAUUGAGUCUGGAAAUUGUUAUAAUAUUCAUACAUCAUAAAUCAAAUUAAAAGCUAUUGACUCUGUAAUUUUUUUUAUUUUUAUGGUUUUAUCUGUUGGCUCUGACUAAAGUAAUGUUGUACAGUAUGAAUAAUGUGUUAAUAUAGUACUCAUUGUAACAUUUGAUUAAAGCCACUGUUCAAAUCAUACACAUUUAUAUUAAAAACAAAAAACAGAACAGGGCAGCAGUUUGAGUUUUGCUGACCUGACUUUCUUGCCGAUCUUUUUUUUAAGCACAGUAAGGGGUAUAGUAAAGUUGUGUGUGUAUUGAAGAAGUGUUUUUAAGUAGUUUUCAACAGAAGAUAAAAUAAAUUUAUUGAUAUGAUAUAAUAUUGACAUACAUUACUAAAUUGCACCUAGGAUUAAUAAAGUUGUAUUUUAAUAUUGCU